GGCGCAGGAGGAGAAACGGAUGCAGACUUUCAGCACCUUGGACAGAGAACAUCAAAUCGCUUACUAUAGAUUAGCAUUGUGAGAUGAAGGGUUAAACAGGGAUAAAUCUCGGUAUAUAUCAUUGAAUUCUGGUGGGAGGUCGUAUGCCGUCUGCCUAGGGGCAAAGUACAGCAUUUGAAAUAGAAUCCGGCAUAAUACAAAGUGAUACUGGGGUAGUGUGCAAAAACGACUUACAAAAAAUAGUGCAAAACCUUUCAUUUUGAGUUUUAUGUUUAAUAAUACGGAACCAUACAGAUAUUGAAACCUUGACUGAAAACGAGAGCAAAAGCAAUCGCUUCGAGUUACAAGUGGCAAACAUUUAGCCGCAAAAUAAAACUAUUUUUAAUCGUGCAUGAUUUCCCAGAACUAGGACUGUAGAUUUGUGCGUGGUUCGAACCUGACUUCAGACUGGCAUACAAAAAAAACAAGAUCUGAUUCUAAACAGUCGACAUGGAAACAAUCUUUUAAAAAAUCAAAGGACUUGCAAUGGUAGAAGAUACUGUGGUUGGAGUGUUGUGGUAGGUAAAGCUAUGGGUUUCUACAUCAGCUCCCUGUCCAGGGCAGAUAUCCGCUGCACCAAGCCUCACUGUGACACACAACAGGCCCACCGCUACCAGACAGCUCCCAACUACAACUACAAGUGGACUGAUAUCCACUACGAGGCCAGCCGGGGCAAUGUGGACAAACUGCGCUCCCUCCUUCUCACCUCGAUUGUGUCAGGUAAAGCACAGGUGGACCAGAAGGAUUACUAUGGGAAGACUCCCCUGUACUGGGCUGCAUAUAAGGGUCAGAAGUUGUGUAUGGAGCUGCUACUGUCCUACGGCGCGGACGUGAACAGCCAGUGUAAACACGGGGGCACCCCUCUCCACGCGGCCAUCGGUCUGUUUCCAGAGUGUGUGCUACUGCUCAUACAGCAUGGAGCAGACACUGACCUCCCCGAUACCUGGGGGGUGACCCCCAUGUACCUGGCAGCGUGCAGCGGACAGUCUGAGUGCAUCCAACUGCUGGUGCAAGCUGGGGCCAGGAUCACCUACAAGAACAAGAACACGGGGGAGGCUCCCAAACAGCUAGCCUCCAAGACAGCUUUGAUCUCCUGGAUCGAGAGCUACCACAAAGAGCCGCGAUCGCUGAAGCACGCCUGCAGGCUGAGGAUUCGAGGGGCUCUGGGACCGCGCAGGAUCACAGCCUCACGCACGUUUCACAUCCCGCUGUGUCUGAAAGAGUACCUGAUGUUCAAGGACCUCGAGCUGCAGAACUGCUCAGCAGCACCAGCGACGGCACAGACGACACCCAGCGGGGACUGUUAAAGAUAAGAAAUGAAUGGGUAACUCUUUCAGUUCCAGGGCAUGCAAUCAAGGUAGCUACAGACGUGCUCAAAUUUGUUGGUACCCCUCCACAAAAAACGAAGAAUGCACAAUUUUCUCUGAAAUAACUUGAAACUGACAAAAGUAAUUGGCAUCCACCAUUGUUUAUUCCAUAUUUAAUAGAAAUCAGACUUUGCUUUUGAUUUUUUAUUCAACAUAAUAUUGUAAAUAUUAAAACAAAUGAAAAUGGCAUGGACAAAAAUGAUGGGACCACUAACCUAAUAUUUUGUUGCACAACCUUUAGAGGCAAUCACUGCAAUCAAACGUUUUCUGUAGCUCUCAAUGAGACUUCUGCACCUGUUAACAGGUAGUUUGGCUCACGCUUCCUGAGCAAAACUGCUCCAGCUGUCUCAGGUUUGAUGGGUGCCUUCUCCAGACUGCAAGUUUCAGCUCUUUCCAUAGAUGUUCGAUAGGAUUCAGAUCAGGACUCAUAGAAGGCCACUUCAGAAUAGUCCAAUGUUUUGUUCUUAUCCAUUCUUGGGUGCUUUUAGCUGUGUGUUUUGGGUCAUUAUCCUGUUGGAGGACCCAUGACCUGAGACUGAGACAGAGCUCUCUGACACUGGGCAGUACGUUUCGCUCCAGAAUGCCUUGAUAGUCUUGAGAUUUCAUUGUGCCCUGCACAGAUUCAAGGCACCCUGUGCCAGGCGCAGCAAAGCAUCCCCAAAACAUAACCGAGCCUCCUCCAUGUUUCACUGUAGGUAUGGUGUUCUUUUCUUUGAAAGCUUCAUUUUUUCGUCUGUGAACAUAGAGCUGAUGUGACUUGCCAAAAAGCUCUAGUUUUGACUAAUCUGUCCAAAGGACAUUCUCCCAGAAGGAUUGUGGCUUGUCAAUAUGCAUUUUAGCAAAUUCCAGUCUGGCUUUUUUAUGUUUUUCUGUCAAAAGUGGAGUCCUCCUGGGUCUUCUUCCAUGGAGCCUACUUUCGCUCAAAAAGCGACGGAUGGUGCGAUCAGAAACUGACGUACCUUCACCUUGGAGUUCAGCUUGUAUCUCUUUGGCAGUUAUCCUUGGUUCUUUUUCUACCAUUCGCACUAUCCUUCUGUUCAAUCUGGGGUCGAUUUUCCUCUUGCGGCCGCGCCCAGGGAAGUUUCUACAGUUCCAUGGACCUUAAACUUCUUAAUAAUAUUUGCAACUGUUGUCACAGGAACAUCAAGCUGCUUGGAGAUGGUAUUGUAGCCGUUACCUUUACCAUGCUUGUCAAUUAUUUUCUUUCUGAUCUCCUCAGGCAACUCUCUCCUUUUCUUUCUCUGGUCCAUGUUCAGUGUGGUGCAUACAAUGAUACCAAACAGCACAGUGACUACUUUUCUCCAUUUAAAUAGGCUGAAUGACUGAUUACAAGAUUGGAGACAUGUGUGAUACUAAUUAAAGAAACUAAUUAGUUUGAAAUAUCACUAUAAUCCAAUUAUUUAUUAUCUUUUCUAAGGGGUACCAACAAACGUGUCCAGGCCAUUUUAGAAUAUCUUUGUAGAAUAAGCAAUAAUUCAUCUCUUUUCACAGCUUCUUUGCUUUAUUUUAUGACAUACCAAAGGCAUGCAAGUAUACAUGAUAAAAUAGCUUUUUAAUUUCAUCACUUUUCAGGAGGAAUGAAGCAUUAUUUCAAUGAGCUGUAAGGGUACCAACAAAUUUGAGCACGUCUGUAUUUCAAUCUGGAAGCCUACUUCAAUAAUGAAUGGCAUGAAAAAAGACACACGCCUUACCCUUCGAGAUGUGUAUAUUCAUUUCUUAGCAUCUUUAGUAUUGGAAAGUGUAAGUACAUUUGUUUUAAAGGGUUCAAAAUAGGUAACAGAUAUCUGGGAUGGGUGUGGGUACUUUUACCACAGGUGGGUACCUGGGUUUUUAAAAACAGGAUUUUUUUCUGCUUUUUGUUCAUAAAAGUAAUUAAAAAUGUAUCCCUGUGCUAUCUCCAAAAUAAACUGAGGGGAAAAGCAAUAAAAGUCUCAUCUCCUUGUUUUAUCAUCUAAUUGUCUUGCAGAGCUGUUUAGCAGCUAAAGUACCCUAUACUUUGCCUCAAAAUGAUACCACAAUGUGAUUUUAUGGUCACUUUAAGAGGAAUUAAAAGAUAUGAGCAAAUAUCUGUAAUUUGAAUCGCUAUACUAUUUAUAAAAAUGGAAGUACAUGUAAUUACCAAGUGGUCUCCCAAGAAAUGCAGAACUGCAAUAA